AUGAGCCGGUUUCCGAAAAGACUGUUUGCCUUAGGCAACGAACCGGAGAAUAAGAAGGUGAACACCUACUUCCAGCUACAUUAUCUUGACACAAUAAGUUAUGCUUUGGAAGAGGACCAUAUUGAGAAGUUGUCCUUGUCCCAAUUUGGAAAACUUAUCGAAGCAGGCAACAAGAUUGCAUCAUCAGUGAGAUUCCUUCACUUCAUUUUGUCAAGGCAGCUGGUUACAAAGAAGAAUAAAGAGGUUUGGUGUCUCUUCGCUGUUCAGCCAAUUCGCUUUUCUAUUAGGGAGUUCGCUAUUACGACAGGUUUAGAUUGCUCCAAAUUGCCUCCCCCGAAAAAGCUGAAGGAAGACAAGGUCAGUGAGUAUACCAUUGAAUUAUUUGGUUCUGAUAGGAAUGCAACCCCUGGAUGGAUAGCGACAACCCUUGCUGGCCGACCAUACAAAGACAAAGACACCAGAUUUAAGUUGGCGUGCUUACUCCUCAUCGAUGCAUCAAAUCUAGGACAGCUACCACAUCGUACCUUUGUCAGCCAACAUGUGCUUUUCAGGAUUUUCUACAUGCACUACAGAUGGUCGUUUUGGAGUGUGCUAAAAGCUAAAUCAAGCAAGCCUACUUUGACAGAUGAAGAGGAUGAAGAAGAUGAAUCCCCAAGUAUACGUCCUGGUGCUAUGAAACCUGUUAACAUCUCUAUGCCUCAUGUGAAGUUUCUCGACAAUAAUCAAAAGGUGGCUGUCAAAGCAAUUUUACCGGACGAUGAACAUCUUCUGGAUGACACCGAUCUGGAGUUUGAUGAUGAUGUCCCAGACGAAAGCGUAGACAACUUAGUGGCAGCAAUCAAUAACGGUCAAAACUUUUCAAGGAAGACAUGGAAUGGCGGUGAAAAAGAAAACCUUCAUAUAAAACAUCCUAAGACACCAGCGUCAUCUUCCCGGAAUACAUCUUCCGAUGUGGAUUUAGAUACUGCCGCUUCUUCCAUUGUUGAUAAGGUUAAAGGUGCUAAUGCAGUGGUCUUAACAGAGAUAAAAAGCCUUCGUGCAGAUUUUGUUGUACUCUGUUCCGAAGUCUCGUCCACUUUGUCCACUUUUAAGGAAUAUAUUCAGAGCCUAGAAGGCCCUUCAUCCCAAGUCGGAGCACCUUCUAAAGGAAAGCCUGCUCGUAGGGUCAAAUCGACUACUAAGAAAGUGAAGCACGUUAGAUUUCAGCAGGUAUCUUCCUCUGAGGAGUCCAAAUCUUCCUCUGAUCACGCUACCAAGACCAAAGAUUCAAGCAGUACUUCUGCUGAAAGUAACGACGGCUUUGAUAGUACUGUCGGUGAUGGUGUUGAAGCUAAUGAUGGUGAUGACCAAGAAGAUAGAACGGAAGAUGAUGAUGGUGUAGACGUGUCUAACCAAAUGCAAGUCGAUGUUGAUGACGUCCAAAACGAUGUUACUCUCGCGAGUAACCAAAUUGCGUUUGUUCUUUCUGAUUUAUCAGAAACUGUACAGGUCAACGUAGACCCUUCAGAAACUCAGCCUAUUUUGUCCCCACCUGUACAGGUCAAUCUAGACCCUUCAGAAAGUCAACCAAAGGUCUCGGAGAAUCAGUCCGGCAGUGUUAACACACGUCAAAUGGGAGACGAUGGGGUUACACACGUCAACACAAGUGACCCACCAUACGAUCAGGUAUUAGAGGCCAACGACCAAACCGAUGUCAACGACGUUGCACCUAUCGAUUCUGGACUCCCACCUCAAGAUCCGGUUGUAAAGGCCAAUGACCAAACCGGUGCCGACAAAGAUGUCCCACCAGAACCACAGGACAUGCUGGAGACCCAAAACACUAUUCUUGAACCUGCAAAUCCCGAGGCAGAGAUCGAAAUUCCAGCAGGCGUUGAUCCUCCUGGUUGGUCACUUGGUCUUACAUAG